UUGUAAACAAAGGCGGAAAUGUCACGUGUGUAGGCUGUUUUUUUUGCAGGAAGUAAGAAGAACUUCCGCUAUUAAUAAAUCAUUUCUGUAAAAAAUGGAUGACGAAGAGGUUGAGCGUUCGACAGGUAACAGAAAGAAACGGAAAUUUGAAUUUAUAGAUCUAUCAGACAGCGAGAGUUCGUGGAGUUGUCCAUCAUCAUCUAGCGAUGAUAGUGAAGAAGACGAUUAUGAUGACGAUGAUGAUGACGAUGAUGAAGAUAGCGAAAAUAUCGGAGAUGAAGAUUGGGUGGAUACAGCUGGCCCAAGAGAGCCAUUUCCAGCUCACAAUCGAGGCGUAAUACAUAAAGAUUUUGGCGAAAACCCUAGACCAAAAGAUAUAUUCGAUAAUUUUUUCCCACAAGAAUUAGUAGAAUUAAUAGUAAAUGAAACAAAUAAAUAUGCAAACAAAUACAUCAACUUACGGCAAAUGAAUAGGAUGCAGAUGGAGCACAGUAGAGAUAAAAGCUGGAGGGAUACAAAUCCUGAUGAAAUAAGAGUGCUAUUAGCGUUAUUUAUACUUCAGGGUAUUGUUGUGAAGCCAGCACAUGAAAUGUACUUCAGUAGGAGUAAAAUUAUCGAUACCCCUUUUUUCUGUAAAAUAAUGCCUCGUGACAGAUUUCAGAUAUUGUUGUCUUUUCUACAUUUCAAUAAAAGACAGGAGCGAAGUAAAUCAAAUUCAAAUUACGACCUACUGCAGAUAAAACCAGUUUUAGAUAUGCUUUCGGAAAGGUGGCAGUUGACUUACACUCCGGAGAGGGACAUAUCUAUCGACGAGAGCCUGUUGCAGUGGAAAGGGCGCUUUAAAUGGAAGAUUUACGUACCGAGGAAGAGGAAUAAGCUGGGGAUAAAGUCGUACAAGUUGUGCGAAUCGUCUACCGGAUACGUAUACAAUUUAAUGAUAUAUUCCGGAGAUAAAACUGGCAUUCCCGACAAGAUACAAGAUAUUGACCUCGAAAAUUUUGAUAAACCUGCUCAAAUAGUGUUGACCCUGAUGGAAAGCUUGCUGAACCAAGGACACAGAUUAUAUGUUGAUAAUUUUUACGCAUCACCUAAGCUGUUUGACGCCUUGGUGGAGAAGAAAACGGAUGCGGUUGGUACCGUUAGACGCAACAGAAAAGGUAUGCCAAAGAAAUUGACGCUUCGAAAUGACACGUUAGCGGCAUACUAUCGGAAAAAACUAAUGGCUUUAAAAUGGAUAAGUAAAAGGGAAGUAUAUAUGCUGUCGACCGUUCACGACAAUAAUAUGAAAACUUACAGUAAUAUUUAUAAACAGCCGGUUACCAAACCCAAAGUUAUUUUUGAUUACAAUAGAGGAAUGGGAGGAGUUGAUCUUUCUGAUCAACGGAUCGCAAACUAUUCCCUUGCAAGGAGACGAACAAAAAAAUGUUAUAUAAAGUUUUUUUUUCAUCUUUUAGAUAUCACCAUUUUGAAUUCUUUCAUUAUUUAUAAAAAAUGUGGUCACGACAUUACUCAUCUGAAAUUCAGAACAGAAUUAAUCAAGGACAUUAUAGAUCACCAUCUUAAAGGAGAUGGUUUAAGGAAAAGGAGAACAUAUGAACAUGACAUUGCCAUAUCUCAGAGACUAUUAGGAAAUCAUUUUAUUUGUCGGAAUCAGAUUUCUCGAUCUACGGAUUAUACUCUUCGUCGUGCGUGUGUUGUUUGUUCUGCAAAUAAUGUUCGAAGAGAUGUUAGAUAUAGUUGUCGGCAGUGUGAUGUUGCUUUAUGUGCAGUACCGUGUUUUGAAAUAUUUCAUACGCAGGAACAUUUUUAAUACAUUUUGCUAUGUGAAAGAUUUUUUUUAUUCUUGUUCUCAUCUCCAAAAUUUCCUGCAAAUUUUAAAGAUCCAAGUAUAUUUAUAUCAAUUAUAAUUCCUUCAUUGCUUGCAGUGUAGAAAACAAAUCAUGAGUCUACCUCUAAGCCACAAGAAUACGUGUUUUGUAAUACUUUGUCUGCCGUUAAAAUAACUGGAAUAUAACAAUAUAUGCUUCAUCACGAAAAGAAUCUUUUACUACCUUCUUACUAUUGAGUGGUGUAUUUUCUUUGCCCAUGCCAUUCAUCUUUUCUUUUGCUUUGUUUUGCGGUUAGAUUUUGCCACAUACAAAUGGAAGCAGACACAUCUUUUGAAAUCCUGUAGCACCACAUUUUCAUUUUUUCAGAGAGAGAGAUGUAUCUUGAUCAGUACUAAUUGUCAACCAAUUGAUUUUCCUGGUGUUACACGUCUGUUUUACUGGAAAUUUGUAACAGUACCUUUACUGUUGACAAUGGUAAUUUUAAAUCUUUUGCAAUUUGUGCAUGUGACAGUUCAUCAGUGUUUUAGUGCUAUUAUUUCACAAAGGUCUGUCAAAACUGGCUCACUAUAAGACAUAGUUCUUUGCAUGUGGACAUCUGCAGGUUUAGACUAAUUGUUGUCAUCAGUGCCAUAACUAGGCAGGUGCAACAGGUGCACUGCACAGGACCCAAUUGAAAGGGGGACCCAAAAUGCAUGUAUUUGUUUUACUAUUCUCCCAAACCUAAUUAAUUAAGGGGCGUAAAUGCAAAUUCUUGCACAGGGCACAUGAAUGGCUAGUUACAGCACUGGUUGUCGUCACCAGAUGCUCCUAUUUUUGUCUGUCAACAGUGGAACUUUCUAAUAUGCUUUUGUAAAAUUAGGCUCUGUUAUUUUUUUAAAUUCGGACUAAAGCUAACAGGCCUAUUCUAGCUGGAAAAGAAAAAAACAUACCAGACAAAUAUAUCAGCUUGCCCCUCAUUUAUAAAUUUAGCACAGUGAUUUAUUACUAAUGGUCUUAUGAUAUGACCAAAGGAAACUGGAAUGUUUCAAUAUAGAAGCAAAUGAGGACACAAGAACAAUUUGUUCUAGCUUUAAGUAUUUUACUAGUGAGAGAUCAUAAUGCAGUACUGCCUUAAUGAGAGUUUCUUUGUGUUGAUGCUAAUUUCAUUGGUGUAACAAAGCAAACAAUAUUCCACAUUUAAUACUGGAUAGCAGUUUCCUGAAACAAAUGGCUUGCAACUCAGUUAUUGGACUGCUUAAAAUGGGUGUGUUUCCUAGUAAAUCUGCUUUACUUAAGCUAUUUUUGUUUUCAUAGGAUGCACUUCUACAUCUUAGUUAUUGAAGUUGGUUGUUUGACUCUUUUUAUAUGUUGUUUCAUACAUGAAAAAUAUGUCAGAAACGACGGAGAAUUGUUAGGUAUAAAACAUCAGAGGCAGCCUAUCAAGAUAAUUUGACAUUGUGUAUAACUGUAUCAUCUAUAUGGUAAACAACAAGAAUAUAAGGAAUGCAUUUGCCAUUACUUAUAAAUCUGAAAAUGUUUAUGUUGUAAUAGAUUGUGUGUAAAUCUACAUUUUUAAAUUUUCCAAUAACCAGUUUCUAAUAGUUUUUCAUAUGUCACGAUCUUCCUUUGAGGUACAGUACACAACAUAUGUAUAAAUAUAAAUGUAUAGUCCUAGGAGAAUUGAUUGAUUGACAGAUCAUGAAGAAUAUCAUGCACGGUACUCUGCUAUUGCUCUCCUCGAAAGGAACAGCCUCCAUCCCCAUUGCUGUCAAGACUCAUAAUCUCAUCAGUAUUUCUGAUAAUCACCUCACUAUAAGAUGGUCACAUUCCCACCAAGGACUUUCCAGAAAUGAAAGUGCAGACCAGCUUGCCAAAGAGGCUGCUAAAAACCAAAAUCUUGCCAUAUCUUACAAUAAAAUAAGCACUUUCAUGCUAAAAGGGCUUCUAUGGUCCAAUGUUCUUACUCACUGGCAGAGAGACUGGAACACCUGCCAGAACUCUAUACCAUUUCUUUCCAUCUGUCAAAGACAUCAGUGACUAUAUCUUGUAUAGACUGGACCACUAAAUGACGGUUUCUCACCAACCAUGACUGGUUUAACCUCUACCUUAAAAGAUUUACCAAUUCUGAUAACAAUGUAAAAUGCUCUAUUUGAGAUACAGAGGACUGAAGUCUGCACUACCUCUAUGGAUGUCUAAUGCUAUCAGCCAAAAGGCUGCAGCUUCAGUUGAUCAGUGACAGGAGGAAGGGCCAUUGACUAACGACAGUGAUACCUAUAUCUACUUCCGUAACCUCUCAAAAGUAACCAGCAGCUUACCACCAUACCAUUUGGAUAAACCAUCACAUUUAUGCUAUUGGCUGCAUAUUUUGUACUCACCAUUGUAUUCACUUUCACUGUAAUUACGAAAUCCUCGCAAACAGCUAUUUAUAUAUACUAUACGAUUGCAUGUAAAUAACGUACCAAUGUAUUCUAUAAUGUUUUAUGUUAUGUUAUCCUA